AUGCUGACAGUGCGUGAUAAUCGGCGGGGUCGGUCCAAAUCGCCCGGCGGCAGGGAACGAAGUACCUCCAGGGACCAGAGAGACCAUCCUCGUGAUACGCGCGCCACAUCUCCAUCGCGAAAAGAGAGAAAGAAGUCCAGCCAGAAAUACUCCGAAUCCGAGUCAGAGGACGACAGACGCUCGAGAGAGAAGAAAUCGUCCAAGAAGUAUUAUGAGUCCGACUCUGACGAUGGCAAGAACAAACACAAGAAGAGCUCCAGAAAAUAUGACGACAGCGAAAGCGAGGAGUCAGACCGGGAGCGCAGAAAAUCUAGAUCAAAGAAAUACUAUGACUCGGAUUCAGACACUCGAGGCAAAUCACGCAGGGUCGAGAAACGAGCACCACGCAGGCAUGACCCCCAGGAGUCAGAAUCUGAUCGUCGGAAAGAGAAGAGCAAGAAAUCUUCGAGGAAAUACUACGAAUCCGACUCUUCGGAAGAACCACCAAGACAUCGACACACUCAUGCGCCAGAAGCACCAAAGGACAAGCUGCAAGACAAGCACCAGCACUUCGAAGACGGGUUUCAUCCAAGUUAUGCGCAACCUCAGCAGUAUAUGUAUUCUCAGCCAGGUCAAUACAUGCAGCCAGCGCCAGCCGUACCUCCUCAGACAAGGCACAUGAGCCUUGGGGACCCAAGACAAGGAGUAGACCCACGGCAUGAGCAAUGGAGAGAAGAGUGGGCAGCAGUGCCAGAGUGUGAAAGACCUGGAUUCGUACCGCCAGCGAAUGCUCUGCCAACAUCGCCACCAUUUUCCGCACCUGGCGCUUUCCCAAUGCAGGGACAUACAGAUGUCCCUGAUCAUCAAAGAAUCCAUUCCAUCAGCUCGCCAAGCGCAGUCAGUCCACCAAUCGCAGGUAACUAUAUACAGCCACCACAAUACCAGUAUGCUGAGAUCGACCCACACAUCAAAUACAAACCCAAGUCUGAGAAGACAUACGUGCAAAAUCCACAGCAGAACUAUGGUGCUCCGCAGUAUUCACAGUCUCCUCAUCCUCAGUACGUGGAAGUCAAGCCAGGGACUGGUAGGGGUGAGAGGCAAGAGAAGAAGUACAGGCAGGAAGAUGCUCCCUCGAAGAAAGAGCUAGCAUCCCGUCUAGGCCGGCUUGCAAUUUCAGGAGGUGCAGGACUAGGAGCAGGAUUGGUAGCUGGCAACGUUCCUCAUGGUGGUGGUGAUGAUAGUCGUCCACCUGCUUCUCCUCUCCUGGAAGCUUAUCAUGGCACCUACCAAUCCAUUUCACCCAUGCCAUCACCACUGAUGCUCGGCAAAACCAAGCCUACCGAUUCUGAUUCCUCCGACCUCUCCGACCUCGACAUAUCUACGACCAAGACGAAAUCAUCCAAAAAGUCAAGCAAAUCCAAGGACAAAGAGCAAGACAUCGUGAUUUCCCACAAACACCGCCCUUCAAAUGCCUCCACCACCACUACCGGUGGGCUCGAAAUCAUAACAGCCACGCCUCGCACACCAAAACGCGUCUCCUUCUAUGACCCUGUCCCAGACGCCCUGAAAAUUGCCUCCGCCCUCUCCGGGACCCACCACGCACCAAACACCCGCCCUCUAAUCUCCAUCCUCCCGCACCUCUCAACAGAAGAUAUGCUGGCGCUCCGCGCCGAAUACAAAAACCACGCCAAAGCCUCCGGAAAAGGAAUCAACAUGGCCAAGCACAUCAAGAUGCGUGUGCCCGGCAACCUAGGCAAAGCCACCUACGCCACCGCUUUAGGACGAUGGGAAUCCGAAGCGUACUGGGCCAAUUCCUGGUACCAAUCCGGCGGCAGCCGACGCGAACUCCUCAUCGAAUCAUUGAUGGGCCGCUCCAACUCCGACAUGCGCGAGAUCAAGAACUGUUUCCGCGACAAACGCUACGCAGACGAUCUGGAGAAGUGCAUGCGCGCCGAACUCAAGGCGGAUAAAUUCCGGCUCGCAAUUCUAUUGGCAUUGGAGGAGAACCGCAUGGCCGACUCGGCGGCGCUGGAUCCCGAACUCAUUGCCCACGACGUCAGGGAUCUGUAUCGAGCGCUGACCAGCCGCGACGGCGGCGAGACGGCCAUGAUCCAGAUCAUCGUGCUGCGAUCGGAUGCCCACCUCCGCGAAGUGCUCCGCGCAUUCGAGAAGACCUUCCACCUCAACUUUGCACGCGAGAUGAUCUCGAAAUCACGCAAUCUGGUCGGCGAGACGCUCGCUCACAUCUUGAACGGCGCGUUGAAUCGUCCGAUGCGCGAUGCGUUGCUCUUGCAUCAGGCUAUGGCUGAGACGGCGCCCGGGAGGGAGAGGGCCGAGUUGCUGAUCAGCAGGGCGGUCAGGCUGCAUUGGGAUCCGAGGCAUAUGGAGAGGGUGAAGCGCGUCUAUGAGGAGAGGUAUAGGGUUGAGGUGGGCGUGGCAUUGAAGAGGGAGGUUUGGAGUUCGAUGAAGACGAUCGAGGGACGCGAGUGGGUUGAGUUUGUCGCCGGGUGUUUGGAGGUCGAGUUGGAUAGCAGAGGAGGGCAUGGGGAUAAGAGGGCUAGUGGAGGAAGGGAGCUGGAGCGAGAGCGCGAUCGUGAGAGGGGUGGUAGGGGUGAGAGAAGGUCAAGUGGUGGGAAGGAGCUCGAUAGGGUACGGGAGAGGGAUCGCGAUAGAGAGACCACGCAUGGCUAUGGCUAUGACUACGAUGUCGAGGAGCGGAAGCCUCGCCACUGA